AUGGCCAUUGACCAGAUCGUCACCGAGCCCAGCCUCGGCGCGGUUCUCCAAAUCGCAGGCCACGCACGCGACCAAGCAGCCGAGCUCCUCACCCUCCUCGCCGAUGCCAUCCAAGCCGACGACGGCAGCAGCUUGACGCCCGAGGCCCAAGCCCACCUCCUCAAGCAGCAGAAGCUAAUGUUCACCAACAUCGCCCACCUUCGCGGCCUCCAUCGCGCCGCCAAUCUGAGUGCCCGCGAAACCAAGACUACAACGGCCGAGGCGAGACAGGAGGUCGAUCGGCUGCAUCUGCAGCUUCAGAAUAUUUACUACGAGCAGCGGCACCUGCGUGGUGAAAUUUCGGCCUGCGAGUCGUACGAACACAAAUACACACAACUACCUCUAAUUCCAGUUGAGGAGUUCCUUGCUCAACAUCCCGAGCACGCAGACGCGGACGAGAACGACCUAAUGGUGGCGCGGAUCGACCACGAACGAGCGGAGCGCGAGGCUCUUGAGCAGCAGAGGCAGGAACUCUUGAAGCGCAAGGCCAAGCUCAUCGCCGAAAACAAGAAGCGGAAGGACGAUUUAGCGAACCUCGACAAGGACCUUGAGAGGUUUAUUGAUGCCGCCAAACCAAUCCAGAAGCGCUUCGAAAAGGUCGUCUGA